AUGGAAUCCCAACAUCCUCACCCUCCCUCAUCCUCUCAUCAACCUCCUUCGCGCUCUGCUCCGCGACACAAAGCAACCUCUCUUUCUGGCCUCCAACCUGCUUCUUUUGCGGCGAUUCGUGCGCAGAACUCACAGGUCCCUUCCCCUGUUCGUCGCAAGCCAUUGCCUGGACAGCUAUCACCUCAGACCACUCGCUACUCCUCCAUCGACAUCUUUCACAGCCACAAGCCAGACGACAGGUACUCGAAGCGGUGGCAUUCUGUCGAUAGCCCUACCUUGCCAGACCUGCACCACGGACGCUUCAACCAGUCCUUGCCACCGGUGCCAGAUCCAGGAAGUCCAACAGAGGCCACAUUCCCAGACGCAGACACACCCGCUCACGUCCGCGAUAACUCGCUAGCCGCCAGGUUAGACGACUUCCCGACCCCUCCAUCGUCACAACCAUCAAGAUCACGGACUCGUGCCCGAACAUAUUCCAAGGAGCCUGCGCGGCAUGACAUAGAGAGCGAUAGCGACUACGGUGCACACGAUUUGAUCUUCGAGGAGGAGGAACCGGCAGAAGAGCCUACUCCUCAGCCUCAACGCCAGUCCCAGACUAUGCCCAACUAUUACGCCGGUGCUCAGCCUGCUCUCGACAUACAAUUUGAUGACUUCCUAGACGAUUACAACACGUCUCCUCAAAGUUCGCCGCCACGAAAACUCAAAUCUCCGAGUGAGAAACUCACCUCCUUCUUCGGCUGGAGCAAGCCGAGACAGUCAUCUGUCGAGGAGCGAUCGUCAACAACAACAUUCUCAGAGAGGUCGGCAUCGCCUACAAGUUCGCCCAUGUAUGCUCGCCAGAAUGGUGACAGUGCUCCUCACAAUAAACCUACACCUGCUGCCCUGGACAUACCAAAGGCCAACGCCUCAGACGGAGGUUACUUCAACGUCCCAGGCACACCUCUGCUAUCACUCUCACCACACAUGAACGCUCACGUCGAGGAGCUUGAGCGCGAGCUCAAGCAUAUCAGCUCUGAACUCGCAGCAUCGAUACGACGCGAGAUGGAACUCGAAGACGAGGUCGAGCGUUGUAAAAAUGAAAUACCGGCCACGGCCACGGAGCGGCGAACGAGCGAUUACUACUCCGACUCCGGAGCAAGUUCGACUAGAUAUCCUUUUGGUGACAGCGAAACCAAGCUUGAUGAGCUGGAGAAGCUGAGGCGGAAAGCUGAGCAAGAGAAAGCUCAGAUAAGAUCUGAUAUGGCCUCAAGGAUACAAGAAGAGUUGCGUCGCCGUCGGGACUUGGAAGCUCAAGUCCAGAAACUGGAAGAGCAACAUCACGGAUCGCGAAGAGGUUCACAAGAGGUGCCGUAUCGAGAAUUAGAAUCACAACUUGAAGAUGCGAAGAGGAGACUUGUUGAGGAGAAACAGGUCAAGGAGAACUUCGAAGACUUACUAUCCGCGCUACAAAAAGAUCUGGAACUCCACCGCAAUGAGCGAGACAACCUGCGAGACGAGGUCGUCCCUGCACUCAAGGCUAGAGUUGAAGGACUUGAAGCACAGGCCGCAGAGUCUCAAGACGCCACGUAUGAAAUGAGCCGUAUGCAACAAGAGAUGGCCCAUAUAAAGAAGCAAAGAGGAUUCAGAUCGAUCGCUGAGGAAGACGACGGCUCCACGUCACCUCGGAUGGGUUUAAGUCGCUCAAAUUCUCUUGCCCGUCACUCGAUCACAGGUGGCAAAAGGGGCUCUCUUACUAGGUCGAACUCAGUGAAAGAACUUGCCAAGUCCGAAACGAAAGAGGUGUUAUCUGAACGUGUCAAAGAUAUUGAAGAACAAAGGAAUGCACUGCACCGUGCUUUGAAACAUUUGAUCAUUAGACACGAGUCACAGUCAAGGGAACACUCAAAGCGGAUAAGGAUACUGGAGAUGGAGCGUGAUGCUGCCUUGAAUGCGUCGCCCCGCCGUACCGCCUUCCACAAAGAAGUAACCAAUCUUAGAGACGAAGUCAAUCUUCUUCGACGGCGCGCAGACGAUGCUCUCGACCAGAAGUGGCAGGUCGAGAAGGGACUAGGCGGUCUCAAAAUGGACCUGGAUCGAGCUCAACAAGAGACGAGCUCGUUACGACAAGUUCUACAAGAGCAUGAUAUCUCAGUUCCGGAGUUGACCCUAGGUGCUGAAGACAGCACUGCCUCUCCUCUCGACAAGGCUUAUAAGGAAUUACAGACAACACAUGCACUCUCCAUCGCAAGGAUCCGAGAAAUGAAUUCUAAUGAUCAUGCGGACAAUGAUGAUGCUCUAGGCCUCCUCAUCCAGAGCAUUUCGGAUGCUGAGGCUGAGCGCGAUGCCGCCCACACGGAAGCUGAGCGGUAUCGUUCGCAAGCACGCGCAUUACAACAGUCCGAGUUGGCUCACUUGAGCAAAGAACAGAGUCUAGCUUCCGAUCUGUACGCUGCCGCUCAGCGUAUGGACGAACUCAGCGGUAAAGUUGAGCGACAAUUGAGCGCGAAUAAAACCCUCCGUGAACGUCUCACCAAAGCUGUCGCUCGUGGUGAUGAAGAGCAAAAGGCUUCUGCUGCUAAAAUCAUCCAACUCGAACGGAAGCUUAUGGCCGAGGAAGACUUGGUCAUGAAGGCCCAGUCCCAGUCUGACGAUGUCAUUGCUCGUCAUGAAGACGAGGUGAAGGCUCUCAAGGAGUCGUAUGGUGCCCAACUCCAGCGUAUGAAGUCUGGCCUCAAGUCUCCGAUGGGACACCCUUCACCCCUGAGCCCUCUUCUCCUGAAGAGCCCAAGACUCGACAAGACAACGAGCGGACUAGGCGUGUCAUUCAACGAGGCCACCCAGGCUGACUCUCUCGAGAAGCAAGUCAAAGAUCUUGAGAAGGCUCUCCGUGACGCCGACCGCGAGAUGGAAGAAGUCGUUGGCCGCAUGAACAAGGCGCAGAUUGAAGUUUUCGAGCUCCAAACCGACAGAGAUGAAGCUAUGCGCCAGACCAAGAAGCUACAGGCUGCGAUGCAAGCAGAGCGUGAGAAGGUCAAGGCUCUGAUGAAUGUAUGA